AUGGGAGUCAAGGGCUUAUGGCCGUAUCUCUCGCCGGCAGAGCAAACUGAGGACAUGACGCUCCUGACCGUCCGGCACUCGCAGGCACACCCAGGCCAUAUACAGCCAUUUCGCGUCGGAGUUGACACUAGUAUAUGGCUGCACGCAACACAGAACGCGAUGGCUGUCGGCCAUGCACAAAGCGGAGAAAACCCGGAACUCCAAGCUUUGUUCCGGAAAACGGCGCGGCUAUUCUCGCUGUGCACGUCCGCCGUCUUUGUUUUUGACGGCGACGAGAGGCCUGCCCUUAAGCGCAAUACAAAGGUAAUACACUACGAACACUGGCUGGCGGCGGGACUGCGAGAAUUGAUUACCUGCUUCGGGUUCGUAUGGUGCAUUUUGGAUACGGAAACUGACCCCGAUAAGGCUCCCGCUGAGGCUGAAGCGCAGCUCGCCGCAAUGCAGCAACAGGGACUGAUCGACGCUGUCAUCACGGACGACAGCGACGUUUUUGUAUUUGGAGCCAAGACGGUUAUAAGGACCCCCAAUGUUAAGAAAGACAAGGAGAAUGUCCGGAUGUACUGCGACACCCGAAUCCACGCAGCCAUCAACCCUGCUAUGACACAGGGCGGGUUCCUCCUCACAGCCCUUUUAAGCGGUGGAGACUAUGAUCUGGUAGGACGGGAUCAAAUCUUUUGGCUGUGCUACUGCAGCCGCUCUUGCAAAAUACGGUUUCGGGGAUGCCUACCUCGAGAUAGCAGCCCGCCGGUUGCAGAGCACCUCGUAGCCUUCGAGACCCUGCGUGCCGAGAUGAAGAUGUGCUUGCGACAUGACCCUUUGCACUAUCUGGGGCGUCGUAGCGCCGUCCUCGCAGAUGCGAUUCCGGACAGCUUUCCGAAUCAUGCCACCUUCUUGGCCUAUACACGGCCCCGUAUUGACGAGAACGCAAUGCUAGCUAAGCUUUGCACCACGGUAACAUUCCCGAAUCUUGAACGCCUCGGGCGGCUAUGUGAGAGGUCCUUCUCGUGGGGCACACGAGAAGGCAUCCUUGCAGCCUUUCGAGCCCAGGUGUGGCCAGGACUAGUGCGAAGAUCUCUGUGGGCUCAGGCAUCAGACAACCCGAUCAAGUUCACGCUCUUGCCAUCAAGUCUCCUGCCACGCCGGUUCAAGCAGGCUGGCGGCCUCCGGUUCUGCCAGGUACGAGUCGCCGUGGAAGCCUUGAUGGAGGACACCGUUGCAUCUCUUACGGAUGAACGUGCUGGUCGACAUCAAGCAAGGGCCCGCACUUCUGCCAAACGGCCUCGCGUUGCAAGCUCCACCGAUCCCCUUGACAUCUGGGUCCCAGCGGUGGUGAUCGACAUGAUCCAUCCCUCUGACUGUGGCCAUGGGGCCGGGACCGUCCUCCAUAGCCGCCUGCGGGACUCGUUACAUGAUGCGACGGAGGGUCUUAGUGCGAAUACCCCCAUCGAUAUCGACGCCAUCUGUGACAAUGCAUUACCUGCUCCAUCUCCUGUUAUUGUUGACGACGAGCUGGAGUCUUGCGAGGGGGGAUUGGGCCCUCAUAUCAUUGGGGAUGGCAGCAGCUGUUUGCCCUAUGACCUAACCGGGAGUGGUAGGUGCUCACCGUAUAUCCGAGCGCUCUCCGAUGAUGAAGACCUCCCGUCAGUCUCGGAGCUCAUUGCCAGUGUGUGGGGGCCGCUGCUCUAA